GAGAGAAGCUGGGCUGGGUUUCUGUAUCUGCAGCUAUUUAACAGAUGUUGACUCUGAGGAUCAUCACAGUCAGUCAUGGGUCGUCCUGGGAUUCAGACGUGGACAUGGGCAGUGUGUGCCUUCUGGAUGUGUGUGAGCCGAGCACUGGCUGGGCCGCAGUAUGUGGUGACGUUUCCUGCAGUCCUUGAAGCUGGAGCUCAGACCAAACUGUGUGCAAGUCUCAUGCAGCCCAGCGAGACUCUGCUCAUGACCGUCACUUUGAUGUCCGAACGCGAGAACACAACUCUUCUCCAGCGGACAUCCAGCGCAGACUUUCGUAAAUGUGCUCUGUUUACGCCUCUUGCAGUGCUCAAUGAUGAGCUGCAGAAUGUGGAGGUAAAGGUACAAGGCAACACAUUUUACUCAAGAGAGGUCAAGAAAGUCAUGAUCAAAACAUAUAAACCAAUGACAUUCGUCCAAACGGAUAAACCAAUCUACCUCCCAGGACAAACAGUGCAUUUCAGAGUGGUCACACUGGACACCAAGUUUAGACCUGCUGAUCAGCUGUACAACAUCAUUGAGAUCGAGGAUCCUAACAAGAACAGGAUUGGACAGUGGCUGAAUGAAGCAUCUAAUCGUAAAAUAGUGCAACAUUCUUACUCCUUGAACUCUGAGGCCCGUGAGGGAAUCUACCAAGUCAUUGUGUCCAUUGGUGAAGAUAAAAUACAUCACACUUUCAAAGUGGAGAAGUAUGUUUUGCCUAAAUUUGACGUAACACUAAAUGUAAGUGAGGAAGUAAGUAUUGGGGACCAAGAAAUCAAUGCGAAAGCAUGUGCAAAGUACACGUUUGGACAGCCUGUGCCAGGAUCUGUUACUGUUAAGAUGUGCCGACCUCUUUAUCGCUAUUACUCUGUUUCUGAUCUCGAGGAUGAAGAAUUAACUCCCCCCUGCCACACAGAGACAAAGCAGGCAGACAACAACGGCUGUGCCACUUUUGCAUUCAAGAUGUCAACUUUCACCAAAAUUGCUGGAAAGGCAUUACAAGAUGUGCUUGAUGUCAGUGCUGAAGUGGAAGAGGAGGGGACAGGUAUUUCACACCUGCAAACAGCCAGAAUAAGGAUUUCAUAUGUUAUUGGAAGGCUGUUUUUCAUUGACACACCCAAGAUUUAUGAGCCAGGAUCAGUUGUGGAAGGAAAAGUUAAAGCAGUUCACUACAAUAAUGCACCCAUUCCUGACAUGCCAGUGUACCUGUUUGAGGGUGAAACAUGGUCGUCACGACGACUGCAGAAUCUCACCACUGACAGCAGUGGUGUUGCCAGCUUCUCAUUAAGCACAGAGAACUUAAAUGGGGAUAUUCGCCUCCAUAUAAGCAGCUCACCGAUACUGGAGCACCCCCCAUAUAAAACUCCUUUCUAUGAGUCUGGAUCUCACACACUGUCUAUGUUCCAACCUCCGUCUCUUGACACUCAACCAGUCAGCUUCCUGAAGGUGAAGACGAACGAUAAAACACUUGCCUGUGAUGCAGAAGCAGACAUCACCAUCCAGUACGUUGUAGUGGGAGAACGCCAGGACACUGUGGACAUCAUGUAUCUGGUCUUGUCCAGAGGAGCCAUCGUCGAUCAAGGACACAAACAGGUUCAAUUGAAAAAUAAACAAGUCAAUGAGGGUGAGGUGUCCUUUAAGUUGCUGGUGUCUCCAGAGAUGGCUCCAGAGGUCCAGAUUGUGGCUUUUGUUGUCCUCCCCAGUGAGAAUGUGAUCGCCCACAGCGCUGACUUCUCCACUGAGAAUUGCUUCAGUCACAAGGUGUCGUUGGAGUUUUCACCAUCCUCAGCUGUCCCAGGAGAGGACGUCAACAUGCAGCUGACGGCAAAGCCAAACUCUCUGUGUGGUGUGAGCGCCAUCGACCAGAGUGUCCUCAUCAAAGAGCCUGGAAAGACUCUGAAUGCAGAAAAGAUAUUUCACUUGUUGCCUGUCAGGAAGGUAACCUUUAUCCCAUAUCAGGUUGAAGACCCCACAGAAUGCCUGCAUGUGAGACCAAAAAGAUCCAUUUUGCCUCAUCCUAAUCGGGACAUAGAUGAUGCUUACACAGUUUUCAAGAAUGUAGGACUGAAGGUGGCAACAAACUUGCUCAUUGAAAUCCCUUCAUGCCUCCAGUACAGAGGAAGAGAAUACCAUCAUAACCGCUAUGUUGUUGCUUAUGAGUAUGACCAUCCAGUAGCCAGAAUGGGCAUAGCGCAUGUCGCCGGGAUAUCUCCCGGCUUCGGUGCAGCUCCUCCUUCUCCGGAUGCUGCACCAAUAGAAACAGUCCGCACCUUCUUUCCUGAGACUUGGAUUUGGGACCUAGUGGAAGUUGGAUCAUCUGGAACGAAGGACGUGUCCCUCACUGUCCCAGACACCAUCACCACCUGGGAGACGGAGACUUUCUGUUUGUCCCCUCAUGGUUUUGGUUUGGCUCCUCGUAAAGAAAUCACCGUCUUCCAGCCCUUCUUCCUGGAACUCACGCUGCCCUACUCCAUCACCCGGGGGGAGCGGUUUGAACUGAAGGCAACCGUCUUCAACUACCUGUCAAGCUGCAUCGUGGUCACAGUCACUCCAGAGCUCUCCUCAGAUUACACCCUCACCCCGCUCUCUGACAAUCAGUACACUUCCUGUCUGUGUGGCAAUGAGCGCAAGACCUUCAGCUGGACCAUGAACCCCAAAGUCUUAGGGGCUGUGAAUGUGACUGUGAAAGCUGAGGCUGUGACAUCUGACAUUUCUUGUAACAAUGAGAUCGUGAGCGUCCCAGACAGAGGUCGCAUCGACACGGUCACUAAAACUCUCAUAGUAAAGGCUGAGGGAGUUGAGAUGACCGAGACAUAUAACUGGCUGCUCUGCCCUAAAGGAAGCACUCUGACAGAGGAAAUAGAGCUACAACUCCCUGGAAAUGUGAUUGAAGGAUCUGCCCGCGCUUUAGUAUCAGUCCUGGGUGACAUCCUCGGCCGGGCUCUGAAGAACAUAGAUGGUCUUCUGAGGAUGUCUUAUGGAUGUGGAGAACAGAACAUGGCACUCCUGGCCCCCAACAUCUACAUCCUGCAGUACCUUAAAUACACAGAGCAGCUGACUCCAGCCAUCAGAGAGAAGGCUUCCAACUUCAUGACCAGUGGCUACCAGAGACAGCUAAACUACAAACAUCAGGAUGGUGCAUAUAGCACAUUUGGUGCAGGAACAGGAAACACUUGGUUGACUGCUUUUGUGUUGAGAUCUUUUGCCAAAGCUAAAUCAUUCAUCUACAUCGAUCCCACAAAGAUUGAACAGUCCAGGAAGUGGCUGGAAUUGAAGCAACGAGAAAAUGGUUGUUUUGAACAGUCUGGAAAACUUUUCAACAACAGAAUGAAGGGCGGUGUGUCUGACGAGGUGACUCUCAGUGCAUAUGUCACUGCUGCCUUCUUGGAAAUGAAUGUGUCUGCAAAGAGUCCUGUGGUGAAAAAGAGCCUGUCAUGCCUCAAGGAGUCCAUCAGUGACUUGAGCAACACCUACACCACAGCUCUGAUGGCGUACGUCUUCACCUUGGCAGGAGACAUGGAGACCCGUGGUCUCCUUCUGGAUCACCUUGACAAGGUUGCAGUCAAACAAGGGGGUUUCUUGCACUGGUCUCAGAAAGCAGCAGAAACAUCAACUUCUCUGUCUGUGGAGAUCAGCUCUUAUGUGCUGAUGGCCAAACUCAGCGCCUCCCCGACUAAUGAAGAUCUGGGCUACGCCUCGGGCAUCGUGAGGUGGUUGACGAGGCAGCAGAACUAUUAUGGAGGCUUCUCCUCCACACAGGACACAGUGGUGGCUCUUCAGGCUCUGGCUCUCUACGCCACUCUGGUGUUCAGUCCUCAGGGUUCAAGCACAGUGAAAGUCCAGUCUCCCAGUGAACAGCUGACAUUUAACGUGAAUCAGGACAACAGACUGCUCUACCAGGAGAGAAUCCUGCAGGACGUGACUGGAAAGUUCAGCCUGGAGGUGCAGGGCACUGCAUGUGCUUCAGUGCAGAUUUCUCAUCUCUACAACGUCCCACCUCCUGCUCAGUCCAGUGAUUUCAAUGUGAAGGCUACCACAGAGGUCAGCUCCGCCGGGGCCAGACCCAAGUUCACACUGAAGCUCGAGGUCCAAUACAAUGGAAAAGAGAGCAGUACAAACAUGGUGAUCCUGGAUAUCCAAGUACUCUCUGGAUUUGUCCCAGACUCAGAGUCUGUGAGGAAGCUCAAAGGUGCCAUGCUGGUGGACCGUGUUGAACAAAAGGAUGGUGGCGUUCAGGUGUACAUUAGAGAGUUACCACAGAACACAGCCAUCUCCUACACCUUGAAGUUCAGAGAGGACAUCCCAGUGCAGAACCUGAAGCCUGCCUUGGUCAAGAUCUAUGACUACUACCAGCCAAGUGACCAUGCUGAGGUAGAAUAUACCUAUCAUUAAAAGCUUGAGGAGAGACGUGGGAUCAGUCGUGAGGUCAUCACUGAAUCCAGUACGAUGUUAAAACCAGCAUUUCAUUAAAGAUCCCAUUUCCAUACAUUGCAUCUCUCAUUGACAUGUACAAACAGUUUAACAUAAUUGGCUUUUAGUAUUCUGUCACAAACUCCACACAGCUGUGCAAGUGCUGUUGGUGUUCAACAUGAACAAGAAAUAAAAUCAUCAGAAUUGUUUCACUGAA